AUGCCCUUAAUCAAUUUUCGAAAUAUUCUUUCUUGUUCCAGUGAAGAUCGAAUUCAUUGUGCCGAAAAUCUAUUGAAGCCUGAACAAUAUAAAAAAUGGCUAUCAGCAAAAGGUAGUGAUGAACGUAUAACAUGUAUUCUUGAGUUCGAAAAAUCUAGUCUGAUAUCAUCUGUUGAUAUUGGUAAUGAUGGUAGUUCAUUUAUUGAAUUGUUUGUAUCUCGAUCAUCAUCAUCGAAAAUGGACGAUUGGACACUUUUAUUACCAGCGACACUACUUAUGACACCAAAUGAAUCGCGUUCAAAUACGAAUCGCAAUCAUGUUAAAUUAUUAAAAUCAUCUGAUUUAAAUAAAACAUGUUUAGAUGAAAAAUGGGAUAGAUUGAAAAUAGUUUGCGAACAAAAAUUCGAUCGUUUGAAUCUAUUCGGUUUGUGUUUUAUUAAAUUAUAUUCGCCAGCAACAUUAUCCGAUGAAACAAAUCAAAGUGAAUCUUUAAAUAAAUCUUCUAUUAUUAUGAAAAAUGAUGAUGAUGAUAAUGAUGACGAAACCGGUAAAGAACAAAGUAAAAUUGGUUCAUUUUUUGCUAAAAAACAAGCUGAAAAGCAAUUGAAACCUACUGAAUCAACAGCUACCAAUCAAAUACGUGCGUUAUCUAAUGUUGCCGAUCAACUAUUAAUUAGAAAAUCUAUGGAUGAUAAGGAAAUUCAAAAAUUACUAAAAAAAGAUGUUAAAGAUACUUCAAAUCGUUUAUCAAAACGCCGUAUAUCAGAUGAAUUAGAAACAUCCAUCAAUGAAAAAGAAACCAAACGAACCAAAAGUACUCAAGAUCGAUCGCAAAUCAUGAAACAUGUUGUUUUUGUUUUAAGUGGUUUUCAAAAUCCACUGAGAUCAGAAUUACGAAAUAAAGCAACAACUAUGGGUGCAAUUUAUAAUGAUGAUUGGGAUAAAUCAUGUACACAUCUCAUUUGUGCAUUUUCGAAUACACCAAAAUUUACACAAGUUCAACAAACAGGAAAAGGAUUUAUUGUCAAUAAACAAUGGAUACUUGACUGCUAUAAACAAAAUCAAUUAUUAUCAGAAAAAAAUUACGAAUUCAAAGGGUCCAAUAAUAAUAACACAAAUAAAGAUAAACCAAAUCGAAUAUCGGAAAGAAAAUCAACAAAACCAAUACACUUUAAUGUUGAUAGCGAAGAAGAAAAAGAUAAUGAAGACCAUCAAUUAUCAAAAGAUGUAAUAAGAAAACCACCAAUGAAAACGAAGGUGGCAACAAUUGAUGACGUUGAUGCUGACGAAGAAGAACCUUUGAUUUCAAAAGACGUUCAACGAAAAUCACGAGUUAAAAAGAAAAUGAGAACUUUCGAUGACGAAGAUGAAUAUGAUGAUGAUAAUGAAAUUGAAAACAAUACAGUUUCAAAAUAUGUAACAAAAAAAAUAACCAGUUCCAAUGAUAAUGACGUUUAUAAUGCUGAAACCGAUGAAGAUGAACCGAACAUGGAAGAAAAGUCCUAUGAUUUAGCAAGUUUUUUCCAUGGAAAACAUUUUUAUUUGUUUGAUAAUGAUUUCGAUGAUAAUACACUUCGUGAUAUACGCCGAGUUAUUUAUGCCUAUGAUGGAGUAUUAGAAAAACAAAUUACAGCAGAUGUAAAAUACGUUAUUACAAAUCGAAUAUGGAAUCAAGAGUUUGAAAAAAUAUCAAAAACGAAUCCAGAAAUAAAAUUUCUCUCACUCGAUUGGUUACAAGAUUGCCAUGAUGAAAAUAAGUUUGUUCCAUGUCAACCCUAUUUAAUUGUACCUUAA